CCGCUUUUCCACCCGCCUUCUCUCUGGCUGCGUGGGAGUGGGGCGGUCGCAGCCGCGCUCCGGGGCCGAGGGGCGCGAAGAGCCUCUCGCUCGUGUGUGUCCCCCCCCCCCCGCCUCACCCUCAGCGAGCCAGCCCCCUUCCACCGCCGAGCCCACCCGUGUUCCCGAGGGGCUCCCCUCCCCGCCCACGCUCAUCCAUAUUCAUGCCGUGGGAGGAAGGGGGGGCGGGGGGAGGGGGGUCCCGCCCCGCUCUCGCGUGUCUCGGUGAGCCCGCGGGCGGCGGCGGGGAUGGGCGGCGCGGCCGGGCCGCUGCGGGUGCUGGUGGACAUGGACGGCGUCCUGGCCGAUUUCGAGGGCGCGGUGCUGCGGGACUUCCGCGGCCGGUUCCCCGGGGAGCCGCGGGUGGAGCUGGCGGCGCGGAGGGGCUUCUCGGUGCGGGAGCAGUACCGGUGCCUGCGGGAGGACCUGGGGGCUAAGGUAGCCAGCGUCUAUGAAUCACCUGGCUUCUUUCUAGGGUUGGAUCCAAUUCCAGGAGCCCUUGAAGCCAUGCAGGAGAUGAUCCACAUGCAGGACACCGAAGUCUUUAUUUGCACAAGUCCUCUCCGGAAAUACGAGCACUGCAUCGUGGAAAAGUAUAAGUGGGUAGAAAAACAUUUGGGACCCGAGUUUGUGGAGCGGAUUAUUCUGACCCGAGAUAAAACCAUCGUAUCUGCUGACUUGCUGUUUGAUGACAAGGAUACCAUUAGAGGUGCAGAGCUGAACCCCAGCUGGGAGCACGUCCUGUUUACCUGCUGCCACAACAGGCACGUCCAGCUGCAGGCACCGCGCAGGCGGCUGCUCUCCUGGGCAGAUGACUGGAAGGCCGUCUUGGAAAGCAAACGCAGGCAGUAAUGCAAACAGGUGCUCUGCUCCUCCCAGUGCCGGGGGGAACAACCAGCUCAUCCCGCUGGUGGGGAGACCCGUUCCCAGGAGGCAGCGAGCACCGUCACCCGGGCAGGGGCGCUACGGGGGGGUCAGUGACAGUAAAAAAUGAGCUGCCCUUGUGAGGCAUGCUGCAGAGCUGACUCCCUCUCCAGGUUUCUGGAAGAUUGCUCUGCGUUCAGUUUGUUAAUCUCUGUAGAGUUUUGGAUGUUUGCUCUUGGUGAAGAGAAACUAUGAAAUACAAGCAUUUGUGGGUUGGUU